AUGUCUCGAAGGGAGUCUCCGCCACCGCCCUCGCCACCUCCGCAGGUGCUGGGAGUGCGGAGAGGAGAGGUGGAGCCUGACGACCGUCCGGAGCGCGCCGAGCCACUGUCCGACGCCGAGAGGGAGAUCAUCCAGGACACGUGGGGGCACGUCUACAAGAACUGCGAGGACGUGGGGGUGUCUGUGCUCAUAAGGUUCUUUGUCAACUUCCCAUCGGCCAAACAGUACUUUAGCCAGUUUCAGGACAUGGAGGACCCAGAGGAGAUGGAGCGAAGCGGCCAACUUCGUCACCAUGCCCGCAGGGUGAUGAAUGCCCUAAACACGGUGGUGGAGAACCUAAAUGACCCAGAGAAGGUGACGGCAGUGCUGGCCUUGGUGGGGAAGGCCCAUGCUAUCAAACACAAGGUGGAACCCAUGUACUUUAAGAUCCUGAGCAGUGUUAUGCUGGAGGUGUUGGCUGAAGAUUUCCCAGAAUUCUUCCCGGUAGAGGUGCAGAUGGUGUGGACCAAACUGAUGGGGGCGGUGUACUGGCAUGUGACGGGGGCCUACACAGAGGUGGGCUGGCUCCAGGUCUCCAGCUCGGCGGUGUGAACAGUUUGGAAGAAGAGAGGGGUAAAAUAAUUUUAAAUUGCAAGGAGUUAUUUGAGGAUGGUUUCACAGACAUGGACACGAUAACGUUGUAAUCCGUGCAACUCUGUACUUCAUUUUGGUGGCAUUUUAGGUGCUAUGCCUUCAUUGCAGUUGUGUUCCUACAUUGCACAGCCCAGGGAUCACCUGGACGCCAAACAAUGUAGCCAGGCAACAUUUGACUUCGCUUAGAAUAAAGUAUUAGCAAGUGUAAGAGGUACUUUUGUCUAUGUUUAGAGCAGGGAAGCUAAGAUUGCUAAUGCUAAAUAUCCAGUCUGUCUACUGUUGAAUUGAAGUGACCAUUUGCUAAUCCCUGCCUUCCAUAGUUAUUGAUGCUAGGCCCGUCAAGCUUUAAAAUCUAGUAACACUUUCAGUGUCCAAAGGAAAUUGUAUCUGAUUUUAUUCUCAAUAGUGUUGGUGAUUAUUGAAACAAUGCUAACCUGAUUUCAACACAAGGAAGGCCUCUUAUUGAGCUGAACCCUGUUGAUUUUUCACUUCAUAACAAAAACUGUUGCUAGAAAAUAUACUGCCACCAACUAGAUCACUAAUAUAAGCAAAGUAUUUUAUUUGAUGAUGUUUUUACCAACAAACCUCUUUUAAAAAAAUACCUUUAAAAGGGUCUUAAAUAUAUACUUGAAGGCUUCAAAACAGCUACAUAUUAUGCUAAAAUGCUAAAGCUACUGGUCCUUCAAGUAAACAUACAUCACAUUGUAACACAUGUUGUUCUUGUAUUGUGUCAAAACUAUUCACAGUAGUUCUAGUGUUGAGGUACCCUUAUAUUAAAAAGGAAUAAUAAAACAUUAUUAUAAGGAGAAAAAAAAACCUGGGGUAGUUUAUAUGUAGGCUAAUAAGAUAGUUAGCUGGCGUGCUAAAACUUGCAGCGUAGGUUAGAGCAGACAAGCAAACUAUUUAUCUAGUGCACUUUUUAUACUUUCUGUGUUGUGUUUUACUUAAAAAAGCACCCUUAAAACAUUUCAUAAGCUAUAUAGCUCUAACUGCAUCUUCAUCCACUCUGUUUUGGCAUCCAGAGAAAGUCAAUCUCGACAGGUCUGAUGUGUGUAGUUACAGCUAACAUUAUGUGUUGGACAUAGUAGUUCAAGGUAAUGCUAGGGUUUUACUGAACAGUCAGCUGGGGAUGGCAGAAACAGAAGUUCAUUUUCAAGAAAAAUGUUACGGAUUAUGACUUAACAGAGUUCAUUUCUGUGGAAAGAUUAAGAAUUGUGUAGACAGGAAGUGAUUUUUGAGCUCGGGAGGGGCAGGUAGUUGUUAAAGCCCCAGCUAUGGGACCAUGGAGCUGCUGACUGUUAAUAGAUCCUCUUUGUGUCCUACUAAAGUAUAUCCUCAUGUUUAGGGGAACCGUGCCCCUUUCUCUCUCUAUUGAUGCAUUGUGUGCUCUUAAUGUCUUGUUUAACUUAACCAAGGUGUUGUUUGUAUAAGUGUACAGUCGGCAAGUGUGCAUACUCUUCUGCCUUUGUUUACAACUCAUGACACGUCCUUCUGUUGACGUGUUAAACAGGGCUGUUUUUUCUUUGCUACAAUUCUAGCAACAAUACUUUGAUUUUACUUCUGCUUUUCACUUUCAUUACAUGCUAACAUUGUAAAAGGGCGAUGGAAAAAAUCAGCAGGUGGUCACAAUCAUCAACUGCACACGUACACACUCACACUCACUCACACACACGCAGACAGGCUAUAAGACCUUCCCUGUGCUAAUAUUUACAGGACUGUCAGUGAGUUUACUUCUUCAAAACCCCAUCAGAGAGAGAAGAGGCAUUUAAGGCUCCAUUAAGGGCUUUAGAAAGUCACUCGGAGGUCUACUGGAAGACGUGUCAGCUUUAGAAGUGCCAUCAGUCUGUUUUACUUCAAUCUUUGACCCCUCUCACACGAGAAAUGACAUCCUAAAACUCAAGAAUAAUACAUCCUUUGCUCUUAUACUUUAUGGAUGCUCUCUUAAUAUUUGACAAGGGGAAUAAUGGCACCUCACAGUUUUUCUCUACACUCAUAGAUCAUAUUUAGUUAUCCUCCACCUCUGAGCAUGCUGCAUACUGACGACUUUCUUCACCUAACCUAACCUUCGUCACUGGUGCUUCAGUAAGUACAGUCUUUGGAUUGCAUUCUCUCCCACUAGCUGCCCCUAUCUGCGAGACUCUCUGGUCAAUUUCCAAAAAUACACGGCAAAUCUGUUUAGGAUGGACAUUUGAUCCAAUCUUCAGUUUGCAUCUGCUCCAGUGACGUCCUGUAUCUCCCAUCUGACCCAGCUUGGCAUCGGCAUCUGGCAUUAAUGAGGAGGUAAUGAGUCUCCUCUCCUACUCAUUUGGUCGUUCAUCUACUGUCACUUCCCAUUGCCUCUGUUAGGACCGCGUUACAGUGAAAACAAUUAUGACAGGAUAGAUGGUCUGAAAAUUGCCACAACACGACAGCCAUUCACAACAAAGCUUUAUCAUCAUGUCUUUCCUAUAAUUUAAACAUUUAAAUAAUGUUUCCAUAAACCGUCUGAAGAUGUUAAUCACUCGUUACCUUCUUAAAAACCAGUGGUUUCCAGACAUUUCCUAUCAUGCUUGUCAGUGAAAGCCAGAACAAAUAAAGGCAUCCCCAAGGUGUAAAUUGAACUUAAUCUUUAAAGUAGGCCAACUGAAAUCUUCAGUGUCAUCAUCAAGAACAGCUUGUUACUGAUUGCUUUGUGUCAUGCAUAUAAAAGUUUUGAGUUUAACCAAAACUUCUAUUUGUUGUUGCUUUCAAAAACCCAAAGCUCUCCUGCUGUAUUGACAGUUAACCCAGGGGGAAUAACGUUUCUUAUUUAGGAUUUUAAUUAUUUCUUUUCUAGUUACACAGCCCAUGUUAUUUAGUUUACUCCCCCUUCCAAAGUAUUUCCGUGUUGUUCUUUACAAUUUGUCGUCUGGAUAGCUCUUGCUCACUGGAAAUCUUGAAAACUUGUUUCUUUAUCAAAAAGCAUCACACAUAGACUCUUUUCACUGCAGACUGUGAGAUUCUGACCCCUCAUAGAGGAAAAAACACAGGUGGAACUAAUACCAUAAACAAUGACUCAAUUCCUGAUUAUAUUGCUAUACAUUUGAUCGCAAUGGUUCUUGUGUGAGUUAGAAAUACGUGUCUCUCUCCUGAAGCCAUGAACAAGUUAAUAUGUUAUCUUGACAUUACUGUUUCCUUGAGAUAGGGAGAAAAUUAUCAUGGAAUUAAAAAAUCCUGAGCGAAAAAUACAUUUUAACUUGGGAUCAUGAUAAGAGGAUUUAAAAUAUAAUUGCGACUACAGCCACUCUUCAGUACCUGCAAAAACAGCCUUUCACAUAAAACAUAAAUUCACUAAGAGCUCUCAUUAAACAAGUUCCUCUUCAAGUUGAGUUAUAGUGUUGUCAGCCAUUGAAUGGAUAAAAAUACACACAGGAGUCUAACAAACCACAAAGCAAACUAUUUCCACUUUGACUCAAAAAGCCGUCGAGGCAGUAAAGCUGUUGUCAGUCAUAAAUGAUCUGUUUCAAAAUAUACACCAGUCCUAUUCUUUGCCCGACUUCUGACGUCAGCGUCGCCCUGAGGUCAAGCCUCAAACAGCUCGAGGUUCAGGAGUAUUUUUGUUAAGUAAAGGUCCCCCGACAUCUUGUUUAUUAAACACUGUGCGGUGUGAAAUCCUGUCUGCAAACACACACACUUACACACACAUGAUGGAGAUAUACUGUCGCUCCUAAGCAGCAUGAUCCUCAAACACCAUAAACACACAAUUAUGUGCAGACACAUCCCAAUAUAGCUAACUUGCUUUCUUUACGACUUUUCUCACACACACAGUUGGUCACGCAUUUAAUUGGUGAGUUGGGCCUGUCCUUGCAUGUCAAGUGUAUUACAGCAGCACUUAAUCCAAAAUACGCUCAUGAAUUUAUUGCACAUGUUUUCUUUUAGCAAAUCAGGGCAUCACAGCAUAUAUGAAACUAAGUGUUUUUGUUGUGAAAUGUUUCUGUUUAUCAGUUGAAAAGUUAGGACUUUAUAUUUUUCUAAAUAUAUCUAUGAGAGGGAUUAUAUGUAUUUGAAUACUGUAUAUGAAUAUGUCAUUGUAUACUGCGUUGUUGGUGGGAGCGAGUGCAGUGGCUUUGUAGUGUUUUGAGCAUGUUUGCACAGCCUACCACACACCUGUACCUUUGCAGACCUGGUGAAAAUGAAUCAUGACCAUCAAUAAAAUAUCCUUAAAUUUG